ACUUGCAAAAUGUAAUUCCUGGCAGCGAGGGGCCUUUUACAUUAUAGGUGACUCGCUUGCAUAACUACCCUAUUUCACAAAGACUGAAGAUGAGUAUUUAAACAACAGGAGAACGAAUCCCCUAAGAUAAAUCAGUUUUUUUACAAAACCGGCAAGAUGGAGAGACUCUUUCUUGUGCAUGCUCUGUUUACAAUGUGCUGGGCUGUGCCUCAAGACCUCUCAGGUAAAAUGUUCACAUUUCCAAAGGAGUCCGACUCUGAUCAUGUGGGGCUAAUGCCAACGGGAGAAAACUAUACUUCUGUGACAGUAUGUCUCAGGUAUUUCACAGAUGUCAAGAGGGCGUUUUCCAUCUUUUCCAUGGCAACUCCAACAAGCACCAAUGACUUUCUGUUGUUCAAAGAGUCCAAUGGUGACAUGGAGCUACAUGUUAGAUAUGAGGGAAGUGCAUUCACAGGGCUACCAGAUGAGCAGAACAUGUGGAUGUCUCUGUGUGGCAGCUGGGACUCAGUCACCGGACUCAGUCAGGUUUGGAUCAAUGGGAAGCCAAGUGCAAGGAAGAUGGGAUACACUGCUGGGAGUGUGCUGGAUGGAAAACCCAUCAUAAUCCUAGGUCAGGAGCAGGAUUCUUAUGGUGGAAAUUUUGAUAAAGGACAAGCGUUUAUUGGUCAACUCACUGAUGUGCACAUGUGGAAUUAUGUUCUGUCACCUUGUGAGAUCCAGCGCUUCACAAGCGACUUAAAUUUCACCCCUGGGAAUGUCCUUAACUGGAGGUCCCUUGAGUACACGAUUGAUGGGCAUGUGGUUCUAGAAAACAAGCAAACACCUUGCCAAGAAUGAGCAGUGUCAACCAAUCAUUCAGCGCCGUUGAGAAAUGUUGACUAUAAUCAAACAUCUGAAUAUGCAUGUGUGUCUAUUCACAACUAUUCUGCAAAUCAUCAUAAAAAGUGUUUUUCUAAUCAAAUCAAGAAACACAUUAUAUUCUUUCCUAAAAUAAUAUCCUCCAAUGAAUCUAAUAAAAUGACACUUUUUUAUAGUAAAUUGUA